UGGGAGAGAAUUUAACUACAAACGUCACGACCAAGUGAACGGGAGGGACAGGGGAGGAGAGGGAGAUUGCGGGAGAGAGAGAGAGAGAGAGAGAGAGAGAGAGAGAGAGAGAGAGAGAGAGAGAGAGAGAGAGAGAGUGGGGAAGGAUAUAUUGAGUCAAAGCAGCUCUGCUUGCUCCUCAGUGUGUGAGAAGAGACAGAGGACGUGUGAGAAGACAAGAUGGAGCGCUGGAACAGAUGAAGACUGUCACUGGUCCCAUCCGGCGGUCCACAUGAGCGUAUCGAAACCUCCUCCGCCCCACUCCCACUUCGCCCCCCCACCCAACUCUUCCACCUCCCAUCUCUCCAUCCCUCCCUCCUCCUCCACCCCAUCCUCCCCCGCACCUUCUCGUGCUGCCUCCUCUGCUCCCAGAUCUCUCCCUCCACCCUCUCCCGUCAAGAUCUCCAUGCAGGAGCACUUUGCCAUCAACGUGUGCCCCGGGCCCAUAAUGCCUAUCCCGCAGAUCUCCGACUUCUUCCCGCGCUUCCACGACUUUCCCAUGACCCCGCCACCGCCCCGGGAGAAGAAGAUCCUGAAGGAACCAGAUUUCGGAUUGAGCAAUGGAGGGGAUAUGGACGGAGAGAAUAAGGAGAAGGAGAGGAAACCCAUCGAAGAGGACCGGGGGGAAAGGCAAGAAGGGGUGGAUUCGGACGACGAUGAUGAAACUUAUCUGGGCACCCUGGAGUUCACCCUGCUCUUCGAUCACGAGAACAACUGUCUACACUGUACAAUCCACAAAGCCAAGGGACUAAAGGCCAUGGACUCCAACGGACUGGCCGAUCCAUACGUCAAGCUCCACCUCCUGCCUGGAGCAAGCAAGGCGAACAAGCUCCGCACCAAAACACUGAAGAACACUCUGAACCCGGUGUGGAGUGAGACACUGAUGUACCACGGUAUCACCGCUAUCGACAUGACUACCAAAACCCUCAGGCUGUGUGUGUGCGACAUGGACAGGCUCGGUCGUAACGAGUUCAUCGGAGAGGUCCGGGUCGCCUUGAAGAAACUGAGCAAGGGCGAGGGCAAAAGAUUCAAAAUGGGUCUGGAGAGAAUCACACAGAACAAAGACAUCAACAAAGAAACCGUGGAGCAAGGGACACCUGUGGCCGAGGAAGAGCGUGGUCGUAUCCUGGUGUCGCUCUGCUACAGCCCAGAAAAGAGCUGUUUACUGGUCGGCAUCGUACGCUGUGCCCACCUCGCCGCCAUGGACUCUAAUGGGUACUCUGACCCCUUCGUCAAGAUUGUGCUGCAGCCUGAUAUGGGGAAAAAGUCCAAGUACAAAACCACAGUGAAGAAGAAAACUCUCAAUCCCGAGUUUAAUGAGGAGUUUGUGUAUGAAGUUCCACACGACCAGCUGGCGAAGAAAACACUGGAGAUCUCGGUAUGGGACUAUGAUCUGGGGAUGAGCAACGACUUCAUAGGUGGAGUGGAACUGGGCAUACAUGCUAAGGGAGUGAGGCUGAAACAUUGGUUUGAGUGUCUCAAACACAUCGGCAAGAAAGUCGAGUACUGGCACACCCUCACGCAGCAAGGAGCCCCCCCGGAGGCCCCCACGCAGUGACUGACACACACACACUUUAUCGCAAUUAUUAAAUGAUAAUCAAUGAAUGGUGAAGAAAGAAAGAAAGAAAUAAUAAAGUAAUAAAGUAAUAAUAGUGAUACAACAUGCAAUAAUGAGACGGAUAAUGAGGAUUUAAUAAUAACAAUAUUAAUUAUAAUACAAAUAAUAAUAGUGGGUAAUUAUCCCAAUUUAGCUUUUUUUCUAAGUAAAUACAUUUGUGAAAAUGUCCCUCAUUGAAAUGUUUAAUGUGAAAGUGCUAACAAAUUUUACCUUAGCCCUCAAUAUUGUGAAGUCACUUGCAUUUCAGUCAUUCAAAUGUACAUGAAUAGGGUAGAACCUCUUACUUGCACUGUAACUACAAUACUGGAACAGUCUGUAAGCACUUUUGGGCCCAUUGCCCAACAAGGUCUUGUUACAAACGUUGUAAUCGCCAGGUUGUUUCUACUAGGGAUGUAGUUGAAAAAGGUGGGAAAAGAGAUGACUGGCAUCUAGCAACGCUAAUGCUAACUGCUUCAGCUGUUCUAGGAAGUAUGGGUAACUGCAUACUUGGUGUGUCUCUGAAAGUGGGCGUGGCGAAUAAAGUGGGUGUAACAUCAGCGCUCUGUUAUUGGUUAGAUGGUUUUGACUGAGCGGUGUCGUUUUUUUUCCCCGUUUCUUAGCGUUUGGACUUCCGUUUUGAAGCCAGAAGAUGAGUGCAAAUUGUAUUUCACUGCUACAAAGAAUUGUAUAUUUUCAGUGAAUAUAACUGACAGCUUUUUAUUUUUCAUUAAAAGUACUGAUGAUGGGUGUACUGUUGCUUGUAUGUGUUGUAUCUGUGUGCUUACUGUGACUGUCACCCUGAUGUUGGCUACACUAAGUAACUACUUCCCGCACCGGUGCGGGACAAAAGUGCUUAGCGAGCGGAAGUGAAGGACACUGUGUCCUGGUGUUGUUGCCGUUCAUGCCCUCCCUAUUGAGUAGACCGUAUCAAUGUGACACCUAGAUAGUUAUCAAUAUUUGUUAUGUAUUGUGUAGGUUGCCAUCCUACUUGAAAUAAAAUUAUGAGAGGGCAAAAAAUGGCCACGUUAGCUACUGCUGGCGACACAGCUGAUACAGGUGCCCAGUGGGAAGCACCCUCAGUUUGGCAGACACCUCGAUACAACAGUAACGGUGCACUAGUCAUUCUCACUGGCUAAUACACUCCCUGUGCGGACCAAUCAGCCACGCAAAACGAUCUUUAGCGCCAACAAAUCUGCCUAAUUAGCUGAUUCGCUUUCCAUAAACCCACUUGUGUUGAUCCAACCACUUCACGUCCACUUUCAGACACACUCCACGUAUGCAGUUACCCAUGACUCAGUUCUAGCAUUAACUGUGCCAACAGCGCUAACAGCGCUAACAAUGCUAACAGUACUAACAGCACUAGCAAUGCUAACAGUACUAACAGUGCUAGCAAUGCUAACAGUACUAACAGCGCUAACAGUGCUAACAGUACCAACAGCCCGAAUAGGGCUAACAGCGCUAACAGUGCUAGUGCUAAUUUAGCGUAAUAGGUGUGAAAACAGUAUUCACCAAGGUGCGUUAACAGCAUUAGCAUGUGUUUACCCUCCUCUGCAUCCCUGAUUUACUUCACAAAGUACCCAAGUGACGAGGACAAGUUGGAUAAGUCACCUGCUAUAGAUGUUCUAUUAUGGUGGUUGUCGCUCUGAUGAAAACUGGCACACCAUGACGUUAAAGCACAAAAUAAUCCAUCUGACUGUACUGUCUCUGUGUACUUGUCCGAUGUCUGUACGUGAUGACAGUGGGUGUCUGUAUCUCCCCUUAUCCUCCUGUGUGUAUGUGUCUUUGCGUGUGAGUGAGUUGUUGUGUGUGCAUACAUUUUGCACACAAAUGUGUGUGUAGACGUGUGUCUUAGUGUGUAUGCGCGCGUGCGGGUUUGACUGUAAGCGUGUCACGUCCUUCUCCAAAUGUCUCCAUCCAUGAACCCUGAAGCAUGGAGCUGUGGAGAAAGACAGAACAAAAGAGACGAGACUCACUCCUACAGUACGAGACUCACUCCUACUGUAUGAGACUCACUCCUACAGUACGAGACUCACUCCUACAGUACGAGACUCACUCUUACAGUACGAGACUCACUCCUACAGUACGAGACUCACUCCUACAGUACGAGACUCACUCCUACAGUACGAGACUCACUCCUACUGUAUGAGACUCACUCCUACAGUACGAGACUCACUCCUACAGUACGAGACUCACUCCUACUGUAUGAGACUCACUCCUACAGUACGAGACUCACUCCUACAGUACGAGACUCACUCCUACAGUACGAGACUCACUCCUACAGUACGAGACUCACUCCUACAGUACGAGACUCACUCCUACAGUAUGAGACUCACUCCUACAGUACGAGACUCACUCCUACAGUACGAGACUCACUCCUACAGUACGAGACUCACUCCUACAGUACGAGACUCACUCCUACAGUACGAGACUCACUCCUACAGUAUGAGACUCACUCCUAUGUUCCCUGGAUGUCCCCGUGGUCUAACAAACUGAUGUCCUGUCACAUGUGCAACAGUAUGGCUGGCAGUCCAGUGAGUCACUUUUUCCUUGGUGACAGUCACACAAGAUAACCCUCAGUCUGAAUUAUUCUCUGACCCCUGCUCUGUGCCCUUUGACCUUUGAAUUUUACUGAAUUGAAAGCUAGAGAGCACAGAGAGAUUUUUGCGACAGUCUCAAACAAACUAUAGCCCUCUACUCUAAAGAGGGGUUAUCAGAAGUUAUCAAAUACCAACUAUUGGGUGUGCAGGUUUUUGCUCCAGCUCCAGCCUAAUGCAGUCUGGACAAUAACAAGUGUCAUCGGGUGUGUUCAUGCUGGGCUGGAACAAAAGCAUGCACAGUAGCUCUCGAGGACUUAGAGAGUUUCCUCCUAGUUCACUGCGCCCUUACACUAAGAUUUUAUUUGUAAAUGACUGGAUUUUUUCAAUUUCGGUGAGUCUCUUGUAGACAUUCAAAUGUUCCAUCUUGGAGAAAAGAUAAGAAAAAAAACUAUUAGUGUGAAAAAUAUGGCAAAAACUCCAUCUGUAGCCAAAGGAAUAGGUUCAUUUGACAUUUGAUCAAUGUCUAAGAGGAGGAAUUCAGGAAGUGUCUAGGUCUAGAAGUGUCUAGGUCUAGGAGUCUCUAGGUCUAGGAGUUUAGGUCUAGGAGUGUCUAGGUCUAGGAGUGUCUAGGUCUAGGAGUCUAGGUCUAGAAGUGUCUAGGUCUAGGAGUGUCUAGGUCUAGGAGUCUAGGUCUAGAAGUGUCUAGGUCUAGGAGUCUAGGUCUAGAAGUGUCUAGGUCUAGGAGUGUCUAGGUCUAGGAGUGUCUAGGUCUAGGAGUGUCUAGGUCUAGGAGUUUAGGUCUACGAGUGUCUAGGUCUAGAAGUGUCUAGGUCUAGGAGUUUAGGUCUAGGAGUGUCUAGGUCUAGGAGUGUCUAGGUCUAGGAGUGUCUAGGUCUAGGAGUCUAGGUCUAGAAGUGUCUACGUCUAGGAGUGUAGGGAACUAUGCGAGAGAGACUACCCAGGCUGUUUUUAUGAGAGAGGACUACCCAUGGAGCUUAAAAGACUACCAUGGGUUGGUUGGACAACAGAGAUCCCGGGGAUGGACAACAGAGACCCCCCUCCCCCUCCCCGCCCUGUGAUGGAUUUCCCCAGAGGAAAGAGAGAUUGGCUGUGAUGAAUUAUACUCAGCAUGGCAACAAUCCCUCCCAGAGGCUCGACCACUGGACUGUGUGGACAAUCAUGGACUAAUGUACAUGUAGGAUCAAAGGAUACCGACACAACGUUUGUGUGUGUGUGUGUGUGUGCGUGCUUGCAAGUGUGUGUGUGCGUUGUGUACAUGUCUGUGUGUGUGUGUGCGUGUUCAUGCAUUGAAUCUGAACACACUCAUGGACACCCCACUCCCCCACCCUCCCUUGCAACAAAACAAAACACUGGCAUAAAGUAGACAGUGACCUCUCACCAUGGAUUCCUUCACCAGAGACAGACCUGGAGGGGUUAAUAACCCUAAGGACAGAGGCCCAAUCCUGUGGCCCCUGGCUACAGUUUGGACACCUUAUAGUUCCAACGUUGGUCCACUAAAGCACACUAUUACCCUGUUCACAUUACUGAGCCAAACACAGCCAAGUCAAGCCAAGCUAUACUCCACUGACUUGGUAACCCAUCUACUGUAGUUGCUUGAAUGGAAAAAGGACAAUGUGAAAAGAAAAUAUCCAGGCUUAGCACAGUAUGGUUUGGGUCAGCCCUGUAGUGUGAAUUAGACAUCUCAGUCAGUCAACAGUCUUCUGGACUUUUUCUUACUUUCUAAUCGUUGUCUGGGAUCUCUGUGUUCGUAAUUCUGUACUUGGACGAAGGUGUGAAUGAAGGCGUCAUGAUGGAUAGCAACAACAAAAAAAGACGAUUGAACAUGGCUAGCGGUAGAAUGUGACACGGCUCACGGAUCGUCACAGCUAGGGACUGAACUCUGAGACAACGGGUGAGAAGUUCAGCUCGUCUGGUCUUUCGCGGUCACCAAGAGCACACGUUGAGGGACCUUGACCAAGACGGCGGUGGAGUGGAGAGGGCGGAAUCUGUUCUUCUCUAUGCACACCAACGACGACACAGGAAGCCUCUCCACCCGCAGCAACAACAGUGAAACGGAUAAUCAAAUGAUGAACAUCUCCGAUGUCACUACGUGACAUGUUGUCAAAGAUGCAUUCAUGGGUUUUUUGUAUGUUAUACUGAGUAUGUAUACAACGGGUGGGUCUAAUCCUGAAUGCUGAUUGGUUAAAACCGCAGUCCAGCCGGUGUCUAUUCCACAAGUUACUCAGUAUGUAUGUACUUCCCUCGCCGGGAUAUUCCUUAUCAUGUGAAGCCAGGCUUGGACUUGGAGUUAUUUAUUAUCUUGCCUAGGUGAUCUGAUGCUUUAUUUUCUCUCAGAUUCUCUCCAUCUCUGCCUUUUACUUGUUGUCGGUCAAGCGAACUCGACUUUGUUCAUCAUGUGACAAAAACAAACCGUAUGCAUCAUGACAUUCUAAUAAAGAAUUGCAUGUGUAAUGAUUGUCAUAUAUAUAUGCAUAUGCAACUAACAUUAUAACUAACAUUGAUCAAUGGCAAUUUCUUUAUGGUUGAUAUCAUUGACAUGGCAUCGUCACUCAAAUCUGUUUGAGCUAUCAUCGCUGAUGUGUACUCGUUGGUUUGUAAUUUAUUGUUUGUAAGUUGCUCAAUUUUAUGCUUUACUCGGUCCGCAGUUGCUUUAAAGCCUUUAUCGUCAGGGAAUGGGGAGACAGGGUGGAGGGGGAGGACUAUUGUUACAGCAUCUCUGUUUACUGACUGACGUAAUGGCUAUCUCUAUGUUGGAACAUACGCUGUGAUUGACAUCCUGUGGUGAGUUUGUGGAACUACUUUUUUUUAAAUAAACUGAACCCGUUUCAGUGA